GAUUCUUCCGAGGACCAUCCUCGUCGUCAUCUUGCUAAGUGGAGUUGAAGCAUUCCAUGGAAAUGUCAUGUUCCGCGGACUCCCGCAUCAUAAGGGGCUCUCCCUGCGAUCAAAUCGCCCCAGCUCCUUUUCUCUCGCCCCGACCUGCACCGGAGGGUCGGGAGGAGGAGGAGUUCGAGCAGGUGGCAGCGGAGGCGGUGAUGGCGGCGGAGGUGGCGACGAUGGGGAUAAAGGGAUCCCCCAGGAUGUUCUUGCCUUGCUGGCCAGCAAGAAGAUCGCCAUAGGUCAAGUUCCAGCUGAUAUCCUUGCAGCUCUGAAGGCAGGGCGUGCUGGGACGGCAGAAAUCAAUGCAUGGAUUCACCUGCAGAGCAAUGCUAUCUUGAAAUUCUUCUCCUCGGUGUCCGCUGGGAUGAGGGACAGGUUGAUCGCAAACGAUCGAUUUCUGGUUGUCAUGGGGAUCGAGCUGCUCAUAGGCUGUGUGAGCAAGAUGGCUGCAGAGAUCCGAGAGAGGUCGCAGAGGAACGCUUUCUGGGACGAGUUGGACUUCGUUGCGUCCGAUAUGGCCCUUGAAAUCAUCGGAGACUUUUCGCUCGUCUGGCUCCUUUCUCCUGCAGCCAAGUUUGCAGCUGAGCCCACGGGCGGCAUCUCAAAAGCCAUCUCCUCCCUCCCCUCCCAUUUCCUCCAGCCUGGUUCCUUCAGCAAGGCACAGCGAUUGGCCUGCUUCGGUUACAAGGCAGCCAUGUUCUGGAGUGUUGGAAUGUUUGCCUCUCUGCUGGGCCACUCGAUGACCAAGUUCCUGCUCGAGUCCAGAGGAGCUGACACAUCGAAGCUUGCGCCUGUUCUUGACAACUCCGUGCAAUGGGCGAACUUCAUGGGUCUUUCGUCCAAUGCUCGUUAUCAGCUUGUGAAUGGAUGGGAAGCUAACAUAGUUCCCAACAUACCUGGAGGAUUCUGGCCACAGACUGCAAUGACAUUCAUCGUGCGAUUCAUGAAUUGCUACUCUGGCGGAGAGCAGUGGAUUUGGUAUGCGAAGUUCAUGGGACUGCAAUGAGACCGCCAGCAGUUAAUGUGCAUGUAGAAUCAGUAAAACAGCAAUGCUGCA